UAGUUUCACAUCACGGCGCGGCGUUCUGUUAUGGAGGCAGAAUCAGGCCCCCAGUGAGUAUGAUGUGUUCCCUCUCGCUGUUUCCAUCGCCUGUACCAGCGGGUCAGGUCACUCUCUACGAGGCAAACAAUGAGCUUGUGUCGGCCAGCUCGGCCGACUGUUACGAGAAACAGGAGUGGGACCCGCCCAGCCUGCAUUUCCCCAGAGAGUCUCUGAAACCACACAGUCGUCCAGAGAGCAGCAGCAAGGCUGCCUUCUUGGAUCACAGAGACACAUUAUGGAUGAGAAGCGCUGGAGCCUGGCGGGAUGCUGGUCUCUCAGGGCUCUUAGAUGAAAUCACCAACAGUGCUGAAGAAGUGCCUAAGUGGUUGACGGUGAGUUCAGGGUGUGUGUUGGCUCUGCUUCGGUGGAUGUCUUCAUUCCAUGGUUCUCUGUUCCCACAUCUGACGUUGAGCAGUGAAGAGAUGGUUGCUGAAUUCUCUCAGGUCCUAGACUGGUCAGACUGCGCUGUCCGAGGCUUUUCUUGGCAUCCACACACUGAUAAGUUUGCUGUGGCUUUACUGGAUGACUCCAUCAAGAUCUACAAUUCUAAAAGUGCGACAGCUCCGACUUUGAAACAUAGGCUGCAGCGUAGUGUAGCUGCGUUACAGUGGAAGCCUCUGUGUGCAUCUGCUUUAGCAGUGGCCUGUCACACCUGCCUGCUUGUCUGGCACGUGGACCCGACCUCUCUGUCCACACGCCCUUCCUCUGGCUGUGCCCAGGCGUUGUCUCACCCUGGUCACUCUCCAGUCACUUCCAUUGCCUGGUCCCCUUCCGGAUCUCUGCUGGUGUCAGCCUCCCCCGCAGACACAGCCAUGAUGGUGUGGGAUGUAGCAGCAGAAACCUGCGUUCCUCUGCAGCGUGUUGGAGGGGGUGGAGUCACGUUAAUUUCCUGGUCCCCUGAUGGAGGGAGAGUGCUGGCAGCUACGCCCUCUGCCUUAUUCAGGGUGUGGGAGACCAGGAUGUGGACUUGUGAGAGAUGGCCAUGUCUGAAAGGUCGUUGUCAGUCUGGUUGCUGGAGUCCUGAUGGGAGCCGUUUGUUGUUCAGUGUCCAGGGAGAGACAGUCAUAUAUGCACUAACCUUCACAGAUGCCCCAGGAGGAUCUAAAGCUGCAGCAGUGGUGGCUGAUUUGUCUGCGACCACAUUUUCUGAUGGAGACAUUACUGUUGGAGGGGAGGUGCAGUCUUUGGCUUGGGACCCAAGUGGAGAAAGACUCGCUGUUCUGCUUAAGGGUGAUCCCCAGUCUUCCAGUCAUCCCUCCAUCAUUGCUGUUUUCAAGACACGUACCAGUCCUGUGUUCGAGCUGCUGCCAUGUGGGUUUGUGAGAGGGGAGGCUGGUGCAGAGCCCAGACUGAUGCAAUUCCACCCACAUUUCCAGCAUGGGGCUCUACUCACAGUGUGCUGGUCGAACGGCAGGAUUUCUCACGUGCCUUUCUACUUCAGCAGAGCAGGGGGCUCACGGUCAGGCCUGGGGGGGAGCCCACCCAUACCCCACCUUACCAGCAAGGCAGCCGACAACAAAACACACACACUUUACACCAAAUAGGUGUCCUAAAAACACUCACACAUACACCUUUACUCGGCCUUAACCUGGACAUUUCCCUUUGUACAUGAAACCCACCUUUUUUUAUACACCGUAAAUAAAUGGUGAUAUCAGCAUAGACUUGCUUUAUGUUGUGCUUAUGACUGGUUGAUGCAUAUAGGAAUGUUUCAGCUC